UGGCUAUUACUCGCCUCGCCUCAUUCCUCUUCGCCUUCUGACCUCUUUUGAGCAAAGACAGCAGUAUCCAGAAAUACAUGCUCUAUCUUUGGGACCUUACCUAGAACUUUCACCUCUCAAUGUCGGAUCGGCCUUCCCGUCCGUCCAGUCCAUACUUGGAGCCUCCAAGGAAGACCGUGGAGUUGGAAGACCCCGGUGCUCAGGACUCCGCGGCCAAUAGUGACGAUGAGCCUUUCACAGAUGCCAACGAAGGUCACCAACAGCCACCUUCCCGCCCCUCCUCCGCCACCGGGCGCACAUCCCCUAUCCCCCUAACACGAGUGGAACGAGUCGACGAGAAUCCAGCGCAUGGUGAAGUUCCUGGCACAUCAGCCUACGAGAUACGAACUCGAGAUGCGGUUCCCGAUCAAGUCGAAGUAAUCCCCGAUGGGUCCCGCAGCCGGAGCACUUCGACCUCCAGGCAGCAGCAACGACCGAUGACGCCCAGCUCGCCCAUUCCCCGGACAGUGGUCGAGAAGGUGGAUCUGGAUCAACCAAGUCACGGAGAUGUACCUGGUACUCCGGCCUACGAGCUAAGGAAGGCGGAUGCGGUACCAGACGUUGUCAUGAAAGCCUCAGAUUCGGAUGAUGCUGCGCCUAACCCCGAGUCGGUUUCCAUUCCUACUAAUACACCCGUCCCCGAGACGCUGCUAUCUCGAGUCAACUCCCCUACGAAUGACGAAGAAACAUUGCCACAAUCAUCAUCAGAUGACAACGAAGAAUCACAACCGCAUGCUCAUCGGGCAAAACCCAGUGACCCCCAGCCGGAUCAAACGGAAACGGUCACCGUGGCGCCCCCAGACUCGCCUGCAAGCCAUCGAAGUCACACCCGCCGGAAAUCCUCAGUGACCGAUGACGAGUUCGGGGACGAAGAGACCCCCGGGGGUGGUGCAGAUGACUUCGAUGAUUUCACCGAGGGACAGGACGACAUGGGAGACUUCGACGACGCGGACUUCGGAGACUUCGACGACGGCUUCCAGGAGCCGAGUGCAACGGUACCCGUUGAUGCUGUUGAAGUCUCGCAGCCUCCUACGCCACCCUCUGUCCCGACCCUCUUCGACCUAACCACCAUCCAGACAAUCCCCGACCUCUACGCAGCGCUAGACGACCCUCUCGAUCAACUCUUUCCCUCCACCACAUCACUUCCAUCUUCCAAACUCGACCCCAUUCCCAAUGCUACCGCUAUCUUCAGCACCGAACGCUCCCUCUCCCUCUGGUCCCAGCUUGUCGCGCCCCCACCUCUCCAGCCCCAAAAUUGGGUAAAAUCCCGCAUUCGCCGCCUCUUCCUCGUCUCACUAGGAGUCCCCGUCGACCUGGACGAGAUUCUCCCCGCCUCCAAACAAAAGAAACUUGUCCUUCCCUCCCUGACCAUCUCCUCCAACACCUCGACCGCCACUCCGAACACCAGCUCCCAAAACCCCGGCAUCGCCACCCCAACCCACGCAACCUCUCACUCUCGCUCCCAGAGCCUCGCCGCCAAUGCCAACCGCAACAGCACCCAAAGUACCGCCGGCGGAACCGGCAGUCCCGGCGGCACGCCCCGCAGCACCGGCGCCCGUCGAAGACGGGAGGCCUCCCCGCCGCCGGAGCUAGAUCUCUCGGCCGUCCGCCGCCUCUGCGCCACCACAGACGCGGCGCUCGGCGGCCUCACGGAUGGGGAGCUCAAAGGCCACGUGCAGGAGCUCGAAUGGGUGACGCUGCGCGCGAGUGCCGUGCUAGAAUACUGGCUCAAACGGCUGGACGGACUCGUAAGUGAAAAGGAGGCAUUCGAAGGCGUGAUAGAAAAUCUGGUCAAUCAUGCAAGAAGAGUGAGGAAGUAAGCAAGCAGCAGCAGUAGUAGUAUCAAAGGCGCCCGGACAAGACUAUAUCUUAUUCUUAGCUUAUAAUGUGAGACUAGAAGGAGCGGCAGGUAGGGCAGGGAAAAAAAACAACUGAGAUAUUGGUAUACUCGGCUGCGGUGGGAUUUUUCUGCUUUCUUGGUUGUUUGGUGGUUUGGCGGCCCGAGGCGAGCGACGGUUA